AUGAAAGGAGCUGGCUUCUACAACUGCACCACUACUGUCGAUGGAACACAUUGUGACAUCACGUGUGGCAGCAGGAAGGAAGAUGAUAAUAGAAGAAACAUUCCGUCUUUCUGUCACUGCCAAAAUGGAGGCACCUGUCUAGAAGAAAGAAAUUGUGCAUGCCCAUCUGGAACAACAGGCAGAUUCUGCGAAAUUGAAAUCGAAAGUAAUGUAACAAAAAUUUGCCCUGAUCCUGGAUCUAUACAGUUCGGUUACCGUGUUUUGAUAAAUGGUAUUGUUUCCAAUUUUUCCAAGAUGUACAGAAAUGGACAUUCUUUCCAAUAUUUUUGUAAUAAAGGUUACACAUUAAGAGGAAAUAAAGUGCUGACUUGUUUGACUAAAGGGAACUGGUCAAGCUCCCUUCCCCGGUGCCAGCGUUCAGCAACAGUUCCUGUUUCCUGUCGAUACCCUGAACCAAUGCCCAACAGUAGACUUAUCACGUCAAUCAACAGAAAUCAGACUUUGCCUCCAAGAACCGAAUUAGCAUAUGUUUGCAACGAUGGGUACGAAAACAGAGAUCCCAGGAUCAUUUUAUGUUUGAAUUCCGGCCAUUGGAGCUCACCUCCACCCACUUGUAAUAAGACUGUGUCAUUAGACUCAACAAGUUCCUUCUGUUAUCAUCCUGGAGUAAAUGAGAAUGCUGUAAUCGAAGACGAUAAUAUUGUGAACCUUUUAGGACAAAAGCAAGUGUAUCUUCCUGGUGCAGAACUGAGAUACGUAUGUAUAGAUGGCUAUGAAAUGAUAGGUUCGAGCAAUAUUAUUUGUAUCAUGGAUGGAAAAUGGACAGACAUUCCACCCACAUGUAAAAGAAUACAUACUAUUACAAGAGUAUUGUGCCCAGAUCCAGGCACAGUUGAAAAUGGUGGAGUAACUGUGCUCGACAAUCCUCUCAAUGUUAGUGGUCUACUUUCUCCAAAACCUUUUAAUGCUACGGGAUAUCCAGUCGGCACAAAGCUCAGUUAUGACUGUAGUCAUGGUUACCGCUUGGAAGGAGAAGAUAUUUUAAACUGUCUAAAAAAUGGAAAUUGGUCUGGACAUAAACCAAAGUGUACUGAAGUCGCCGUUAAGUAUAGCUCGACGUAUUGUAUAAACAGCGGUUUCAUUCCAAAUGGCCGGGUUACUGUGUUACGCACUUUGUAUACACCGUUUCAGUUCGAAGAGGAUGAUUUUGAACUUCCGGUUGGAACUCGUCUCCAUUACUCUUGUAACGAAGGAUAUGUUUUAAAAGGAGCGUCUGAUCUGAUUUGUGAAGACAAUGGAUUUUGGUCAGAGGAAAAACAACCAAAAUGUUCUGAAGUAAAAUGCGACGAUUUCCCUCCUGUUUUGAAUGGUAUAGUGAUUGUCAACUUCACUUCGAUUAAUAAACGUCCAUUAGCUACAGAUGAAGAAGAUGAUUUUAAAUAUCCAGUGGGGACGCGCCUCCAAUAUAUUUGUGAUCCCGGAUAUACCUUAUUUGGAAAAGAAACUUUAUAUUGUGAACCAUCAGGGCGGUGGUCGGCAGGCAGAUCUAUGUGUGUUAUAGGUACGCCUCAAUUGUUUUGCAUGCUUCCUGAAACAAACAUGACUGGCAUGUUUACCGAACCCUUGCUUGAUAUCAAGAACCGGGAACAUAUAUUUCCGUCAGGUACUGAAGUGAGGUUUUAUUGUGAAUAUGGCUACGAACUAGAAGGCAACGAUUUAAUUGUUUGUAAGCUGGAUGGAAAAUGGACAUCAGAACCACCAAGAUGUAAACGCAGUUCUAAAUCUGAAGGAAUCUUAUUAGAAAAGCAUUGUCCAGAUCCAGGUGCGAUUAAAAAUGGCGGAGUAAUUGUAUACUUCAGCGAUCCCAAUGCCAUUCGUCUGCCUAUUUCAGAAAAUUAUAAUGCAACAGAAUAUCCAGUCGGCACAUUGCUCAAUUAUGAUUGCAAGCAUGGUUACCGUAUGGAAGGAGAAAAGUUUUUAAGCUGCUUAAAGAACGGAAGUUGGUCAGGAUAUAAACCGAAGUGUAUUGAAGAUUGUGGGCGUUCUACUUUACAAACAAGACGCCAAGUCCCUUAUAAUAAAACUGUUACAUCUGGCGACAUUCCCUGGAAUGUGUUCCUUUAUAUAAAGGUGACCAUGCAGACAUGUGCGGGAGUUCUGCUUGAUCACAGAACUGUUCUAACUGCUGCACACUGUUUUGAAAAUUCUGAAAACUGCACACUUUAUUUUGGCAUAUACGGAAGGAGUAAUGAUAAUAAUGACAGAUAUGCUGCAAUGAGAACGAGAUCUGUAAUAAUUACACAUCCAGGAUUCAACAGCAGUACACUAGAAAACGAUAUUGCCAUUGUGAAAUUUUCGCCGGAUAUUUCAUAUUCACCGGUCAUUCUCCCUAUCUGUUUGCCAUCACUCAGCUCAACUGCUACAAAUGUUGUUCCAGGACAAGAAGGUUUUAUAACCGGAUGGGAAUUGAAUGAAGAUGGGCUAGAAUCAUCGAAACUGAUGCUUGCUAAUCUAUCAAUCCAGACAUUUGAGACCUGCCCACUGGCGUCCAUUGGAAUCGCCCAAGGAAUGUUCUGUGCAGUUUCUUCAGACAAAAAUAUCAAUAUCUGCCUAGGAGAGAGUGGGUCGCCUUUCAUUUUCUACAACAACGAAAUGGAACACUUUGUUGUGGAAGGCCUGGUCAGUCGUGGAAAGAGUGGACGAUGCCAUCACCCGGGAAAUUAUACAAUGUUUACCCAAGUCUCUCACUACUUGCAAUGGAUCAAUCAAAAUAUGAAAAAUAAAAUUAACUAGAAUCCCUCGUCCAAUAUGUAUCAUUUUAAUAACACAGUUUUGGUUUGUUUAUAGAUGCAUUAAAAUAUUUUAUUUAGUAACUAUAAUAAUAAAUAUAUUUUUCUACGAAUAGGCACGUGACUGUAAAAUAUAUAAUUAACUGUUUCGCUACAAUAGUUUUAAUGUGAAUUUUUAUUUCUGAUUUUAAUUAGUUUUAUAUUAAUUAAAGAAUUUAACUAAAAUUUUACUAUACAAUCGCCAACAAAAAUAAUGGUAUACCUCAGGAACUUUGCAAUUUCAUUUCGCAUCACAAAAUCGGUGUAGAUGGAAAUGGCUGAAAAGGAGAGAUCUGUUUAACUAGAUACAUUCAUUAAUCGGGCUAAUUGACAUAAUUAAAUAGUGUCUAGAAAUUUCCCUAUUACGCCUACCAGUUUUUUACUCUUAAUCUAUUGCUCAUCAUUAAAAUAGCCAGCUAAAAUUUAUACUUCAUGUUUGAAAAAAUAAAAUGUAAUGAAAUAUAUAAAGAAUUUUAAUUCAUAUAUGAAAUAUUUCAUUAUUAUAAAUAUUACCCUCUAUAAUUAUUUUAACCAGAUGUUGUCUUCUGUGAAUCGUCUUUUAUUUCUGUAAUUUAAAAUCCUAAAUUUAAAGAUGCGUGACAAAAUAAUACGAACGUCCAUGAAAUAAGAGAAAAGUUCUAUUAAAGCAGGUCGGACCAACUUUUGACUUAAUUAUAGAUUAUAUGAGAUGUGGGAUGGAUGCAUAGAUGUCUUGAAUAACAUUUAAUGGAAUAAGAAGCUUAUGUUCUUGGAGAUCAGUAUCUAAUUUCAAAAGUAUAGAUGCUGGUGGAAAUCGAGCAAGUUUAGACUCCAAAUAUUUUCAUAAAUGUUCAAUAAUAUUCGAGUUAGGAGACUGAGGAGGUCAAGCAAGCGUCUUACUUCAUCUCCAUUGUCUUCAAACCAUUUUUGGAUGUUUUUAGCAGCCUGUAUAGGACCAGAACAACCUCAGAGAAGGAUUCGAAAAUAUUUAGAAAGAUCAAAGGGUUAAAUUUCCAAAAAAAUCAUAUAUUACUUGGAAACUGAAAGUAAAUGCUCAUGUUAAAGAUCAAUCUGAAUUACUUUUUAAUUUCUUGGAAUCUAAAUAAAAUAAUGUUACGGGAAUUCCUUCGGGAUUCUUUUCCGAUUUGUUGGGCUAUGAAGUAUACAGUCGUUUAGUGACACGACGUUUAUUGAACACGAAGGACACGAAUACACGGAGACGACAAAUAUACAGCCGAGACGAACGCUGUCAACACACUGCAGAUCACUACAAAAAACAGUAGACCACAAGUACUAAUCGGUAUUAAUAACAACCACAGCCUACAAAGCGGCCAGAAAGAAUUCAGAAGAAGAAGGGAAUCUACGUAGCUUUACUCUAUGGCCUCUCCAAACGUCUGCAAUUUACCACUGUCUUCUCGCUUUAGCUGUAUCCAGCUACCGACACACUACUACACGAUUGGCUAUCCCUCAAAUGACUCGAUGCUGCUUCCACAAUAAAUACCAUUACUCAGCACACACCUCAAUUUAGCAAUCGCUUGAGCUCCACACAACGAUUUCUCUUCGCUAGACUAUUACACUGUUGCUUCGUUAUCCUCUCGACGAAUCCAUACACGACUGACUUCACGACUACGACUGAUUGCAGCUUGAGACUGCCGACCUUUUUUAGUUCUCGAAGGCGGGCAGAGAAGGUUCUGGAACAAGCAGGCAUAACUCGCUUCCUAUUGGCCCAAUUGCUAAAAUUCUGGAAAUUUCCAGUAAUAUCUAUUUUGUCGCCAAGUCGCCAAAUGGUUGCCAAGCUCUAAGAUCACUGAUGCAGCAACCGAUCAGAACUAAACAGAGCUGCUCGUAAAACGGUCUUUCCAGUGAUUGAACUUACCAUACUAGGAAGCAACAUUACAGGUUUGUAACAAUAAAAUGGAAGAAAUGAACUUUUUGCCUUUAGCAAUCUAAGAUUUACUUGAAAUAUGGUUCUUAAUGAGUUGGCUCUUUUCAGGUGGAGUUUUAAGCAAACAUUAUUAAUUUUAAUUAAAUUUAACUAAAUACUAUUUUGGGACGAAAAUUUAUACAUAUAUAUGGAAAGUCAAUACCAGAUGGAAUUACUGAAAAAUCUCGAUUUCUAUAUUUCAAAAAUUCUGAAGUGCUAAUUAAUUAACUCUGUUAAUUAAUUUGGUUAAUCAGAUUUUCUAUCUAAAUAAUCUGUCUUCAUGAAUAAUUUCUGUCGGCACCAAUUUUGCGAACACGAUAGUAAAAAACGAAAUUACCGUGGUACCCCAUUAUUUUAGUUGGCAACUAUACUUUGAAUAUAAAAUAUUAAAAGUAUAUUAGUUAAAAUAUUUUGAAAAUAUAUUUUUUUCAAUUGCAAUGAUCA